CCCCACGAUGCUGCUCCAGCUCAGGAGGCUCCGUCCCCUGAGGACCGGCGUCCAGCAGGCCCGGCCUACCUCCAGCUGCCUCUUCCCGGACCCUUCCACCACCGGCAGCGGUUCUGGCCUGGUCCUCCAGUCCCAGUCCACCGACGUGUUCCAGAACCUGGCUCUGGAGGACUGGAUCGACGCCCACGUGGACCUGCAGCGGCGCGCCGUCCUCCUGCUGUGGAGGAACCGGCCCGCCGUCGUCGUGGGCCGCCACCAGAACCCGUGGACGGAGUGCAACCUGCCGGCCAUGAGGAGGGCGGGCGUCCCUCUGGCCCGGAGGCGCAGCGGCGGCGGGACGGUCUACCACGACCUGGGCAACCUCAACCUGACCUUCUUCGCCUCCAGGAAGGCGUACGACCGCCAGAGGAACCUGAGGGUCGUCACGGACGCCCUGAGGAGAGUCCGCCCGGAGCUGGACGUACGGGCCACAGACAGAUUUGACAUUUUGCUGAACGGCCACUACAAGAUCUCAGGAACCGCGUCCAGACUCAGCAGGAAGUCCUCCUACCACCACUGUACCCUCCUUCACUCUGCCGACCGCGCCGCCCUCUCCUCGUUGCUCCGCCCCUCCUGCCCCGGCAUCCAGAGCAACGCCACGCCCAGCGUCCCCUCACCUGUGGCCAACCUCACAGACCACGCCCCCUCCUUGCUCUGGGAGGAGCUGCUGGAGGCUUUGGCGCAGCAGUACAACUCAGAGUUCGGCUUUGAGGCCGCGCCCAGACCCGUCGACCCGUCGGACGAGGCUCUGUUCCCCGGCGUGGGCAGCAUGGAGGCGGCGCUGCGCAGCUGGGAGUGGACGUUCGGGAAGACGCCAAAGUUCCGGCUGGAUACGCGGCUGGAGCUGCGGGACGAGCAGCUGGGCGCUCGCUGCGGCGCCGGGCUCCACGUGGAGGUGAAGAACGGGCUGGUGGAGAGCUGCAGGGUGGACGUGCCGCACCACUGGCUUCCUCCGCGGCUCAGCGGCGCGCUGGGUGAGGUUCUGCUGGGGGAACGGUUCUGCCCUCACAGGGCGGCGGCGGCCCUCACUGCGCUCCUGCGGUGUGAGAGCGGACAGCCGCACCGGCGCCUGCAGAACCUCGGAGAGGUCCUGCUGGCUGGGAUGGGCUAAAGCUGAGGCCCGCUCCGGUUAUGGUGGAUUUUAAAAGUUUUAAACAAUAAACUCAAGAAGAGCCUUCAUUUUCUAACUAACUGGAUCUCACACGGACUUAUCUGGGUUGCUGUUUUCUAUUGAGAAACAUGAAUAACUUAAGUGUAAAUGUGUUAUUUACAAUAAUAAUAAUAAAGACUUAUCUUUACA